AUGGACGAAGAAAUCAAGCACAGGACACAGAGGGAAGUGGCCAGUCUGACAGACAUGGACCAUCGUCACAUUGUCCACCAUGUGGAGUCCUUUACUGACGGGACUAACAUGCAUAUUUUCUAUACAGAGAACAGCAACUGCUACAUAGCAAUGGAUUACUGUGAAGGUGGAGAUCUCUCUGAAAAGAUUGCAGCACAAAAAAAUAAAGGCACUUCAUUCUCAGAAGACCAGAUCCUGGACUGGUUUGUACAGAUCUGCCUGGGCCUGAAAUAUGUUCAUAACAGUAAUAUUGUACACAGAGAUAUAAAGCCUCAGAAUGUCUUUCUAAUUGAUGAAAAAAACAUCAAGCUGGGAGAUUUUGGAGUUUCUAAAAUCCUAAACAGGAAAGAUGAAUAUGCAAAAAACAAGUUAGAAACACCUGUUUAUAUUGCUCCCGAUCUGUGGAAAGGCAAACAUUUUAAUAAAAAAAGUGAUAUCUGGGCUUUAGGCUGUGUGCUGUAUGAACUCUGCACACUUGAAUUUGCUUUUUCACAAAAAGAACAUUUCUUCAUGUUUGAGUUGUGGAACAAGCCCUCUCCACACAUUUCUCAGAAGUUCUCAGAACAGCUGCGCCAUCUGGUGGAUGAACUCCUUCAUAAGGAUCCGGCUCACAGACCCACCAUUGACAGCAUACUAAAGAAAGAAUUCUUAGCUAAAUGGAUAACUAAACAGUCAGAACAAGAUAUUGAAGCAUUUAAAAAUCUCUAUGACCGAGAUGUUGGUGAUAUCCAGUAUCUAGUGAAGAAGCUGGAGAUGACUGCAGAUGGUCUGGAACGCGUCCACUUCCGUACCACCGUAGGAUGCCUCACAGGUGGGGUGGUAGGAGCUGCAGGGGGGGUCACCUCCAUAGUUGGGCUCAUUCUGGCACCUUUCACUCUGGGAGCCUCUCUGAUUGUCACUGGUGUGGGGAUUGGUGUUUCUGUAGCUGGAUGGACAACGAGCGCCGUUUCCAACAUCACCAACAUGGUGAACCAGUCAAAGGAGCGUAAGACUAUUGAGGAAACCAUCAGUGAAUACCGGGACAAGAUGGAACCCAUUCUCAUGAGCGUGGAAGACAUCAGAACCGGCAUUGAAAAAUUAAAGGAGCAUGAGAGCUACACAAAUGCUGCUAAUAUGGCACAGACUGCAUCGAGAGCAGGGAGGGGCCUGGGUGGCAUUGCAGAGCUUGUCCGUCUGACCCAGGUAGUUAACAUUGGUAGGGUGGCUGCUCAAGCAGCCAGAGUUGUACGGGUAGCAGAGGUCUUCACAGGGGUGCUGUCUGCUGUCUUCAUUGCCCUCGAUGUCUAUUUCAUUGUCAAGGAUGCCAAAGAGAUCCACAGCAUAAGACAAGGGUCACAACAGCAAAAUGAAAUAAAAUCAGCCACAAUGAAGCUUGUAGCUAAUAUCAGGGAGAUGGUUUCUCACUUUGAGGAGAAUCUAGCUCAGUUGGAAAGUAUGAGGAAACAAAUACAGACUGAAGGGUAGACAUUGAACUAUUUUUAAAUGUCUACUUUCAGAAUGACAACAAUAAAAGUUUUAUAUGGCAUUCUUCCAUGUAAAUAAUAUAUACUAAUGCAAUAUAUAACGCAUUUUACUAAUAGCUUGUCUACUUCCUGUAAGGAUCUAAGGAUGCCUCAAUGUUCCUGGUUGGUAAUUUAUAUAGAGACAGCUAACUCUGGUCAUGAGAAAGGCAUGGGAGGUCCCAUUUGACAUCAUUAGGGUGAUAAGGAAGUAAAUGACCAGAGAAGUGAUGGAGUUACCAUGUGCUCUCGUUGGAAGUCUUCAUCCCAUCCUGCCUCAUCCCUGUAUCAGCCUUGUCAUGCUCCAGGAGACCAGUAAAUGCAGAUGCAAAUUUACUGAUCACAACUAUACACAAUAGCUGGUAAGGGGCAGUGGUGUUGUAGUUCAGGUUUAUUUUCAAUUUUCAAAUUUUGAAAUCCAGUUUAGUUUUAGUUACUUUUCAGUAUGGUUUUAUUUUAAAGAUAUAUUUCUAUUUAGUUUUUAUGUAUUUUCAUUGCAGUUCACAGUAAUUAUGGAUAUACUUAACAUUGUCAAGUUAUUUUAUGUGUCUGAUCAUUAGAUAAUCCAGCAUGAUUACACAUUGCAAAUAAUGUAGUAAUGUCCUCAA